AUUACGCCGUCGCCUUCGCCUCCUACGCUCCUUUGUAAUCCGCAGCGGCCAGCAGUUCACCAUUAUCAUACCCUCCGCCGCCGUUUCCUCGUCCUCUUCCUGGGAUCUCACAAUAACAUGCGCCAGGCCAGCCACGACCUCUAACCCAGUGCGCGACGGUGUGACAAGCCUGCCAGAUCGAGACCGACACCAUGACUGCGCAAGAACUCGCCGCGACCGCCUGGGUCAUUCCGGCCGAGGGACGCACGACCGAUCCCGUGCGCCUGAACUCGACCUUGGGCAACGACUACAAUACUUUUGAUCCUAUUCGCACUCUCUCGACCAAUGGAGCACGCCCCGGCGAUCAGACUGGUCUGCUCUUUACCCCGAAUCUCCCGCCCGGCGACGCCUGCAUCGACGAGAGCAGUCCUUAUGUACCUGAGAACGUCACUCGAGUGGACGACCUACCGCCCAACCUGCGUGUACUCGGACUCGCGCCAUGGACAAGCUCGGAUUGCGCGCUGAAAUAUAUGGAGGCCGCUCGGACAGGAGCGACGCACGCUCUGCUGUUCUUCAUACCAGGCAUAGUAGGGCCGCCACCAGAAGCAAAUGAUCCGCGGUGGACGAUCAGCAGUAGUAGGAGCUGGAAGGGCGACAAUGGGUUCCCUACUUAUGCCCUUUCGAGUGCUGAUGGGGCAAGACUUAUGGAACAGAGUGCAGACUAUAGCGGGAACUUGACAAGUGCACCAAAUGGCAAUGUUCUGGCGGACAUGUACCCCACCGAUGACUAUGUGCGCCUGUACGCAUCCGUCAACACUGGAUCAGGGAAUACACUUCCUUCGCUCUGGGUUUUCUUGCUGGUGGUCCUUGGAAUUCUCUUGGUCAUCAUUGGACUCACUUCUUUGAGCAUGCACUUGAUUCAGCGACGAAGAAGAAAUUCCUUGCGAAGACGUGUGGCGAAUGGCGAGGUCGAUUUGGAAGCUCUCGGGAUCAAGCGGCUUACCGUACCGCAGGAAGUCUUGGAGAAAAUGCCUUUAUAUGUCUACGGAACGAUGGGACGGACAGCAGGUUCGGAUGCCGACAGCCUUGCAAAGGAAGAACCUGUUGUCGUGGAGAAUACAAGUCGAAAGUCGCGAAAAUCGCGAUCUCCUCCGAAGGCCGUUGAAACGACUGGCUAUCACCCAACCGCUCUUUCACAGCCGACAUGUCCUAUCUGCCUGGAAGACUUCGAGGUGGCAUCCGCGGAGUCAGAAGGCACCACCGUACGGGAGCUACCUUGCCACCACAUCUUCCAUCCGGAGUGCGUAGACGUCUUCCUCCGUGACAACAGCAGUCUCUGCCCAAUGUGCAAGGAGACCGCGCUACCCAAAGGAUACUGCCCCAGCCUUAUCACGAAUGCCAUGGUCCGUCGGGAACGAAUGGUACGAACAAUGCAAAGGCGCGCGGCUCAAGAUCCGGAGAGCAUGGAGAUGCCCAAUUUGGACGGCCACACAUCCGCUCCGUCUGCCCUCGCACGGGUGCGCAUGCGUACGAGGGGCAUUAUGCGCGGUGUGAAUCGUGACUCUGCGGCAGUACCAGCCACUUCAAGUCCGCAAACCAACGCCGCUGCUCCGGUCAUCCCAACUUCGCAAACGACUCCCGUGGCAUCAGCGCCCGCCUCUACACCCAGUGGGAUUCCUCCGGCGGCAGCACGCUCGACGACAAGUCGACAGGAAUGGGCGCGCCAGCGAGCUUUGAGCAUGGUCGGCCGGGAUCAAGCUCCAAUCGAUCCAGACGCGGAAGAAGCACAGCGCACGCCAGGAUGGAAGAGAGCUUUUCGAACUGUGUUUGGUGGUCGAUAG